CUCCCAUCAUACUUUGUGAAACUCCAGGCCUAAUAGGCCCUUGGCCAUUUAUCCCCCCGGGUCCCAAAUCCAGACCCUCGUCAAGCCAACAAACAAGCCAGGCAUGCCAGAGCAGCAAGACGGCCCGCGAACCUCGCCCGGCGGCGAACACAACACGCCCUCCGGCCUCGCCUUCCUCAACAUCGCCCUCCUUGCGAUCGCCGCCUACAACACGCUCGAGCUUCUCAUCUGCAUCUUCCACUUCUUCAAGCGCCGCCGCGGCCUGUACUUCUGGAGCAUCCUCACCUGCACCCUCUCCGUCGCCCUCUUCGCCCUGGCCGCCUUCCUGCAGUACUUCCACCUCGCCCCCUUUGCAUUCACGGGCGUCGUGAUCGCAAUCACUUUCCCUUCGCUUCUUGUGGCGCAGUCCCUCAUCUUGUACUCAAGGUUGCAUCUGAUCUCGACGCCAGGAACUCUCCUCCGCUUCAUUUUCUGGGGUAUCAUCGUAACCUCCAUCCUCUUCCUCACCCCCUUCGCCAUAAGUCUCAUCGGCCUCUCCGCGGGAAAUCCCAUCUUUGCACCGCCGCACCGCUACAUAGAGCGAUACAUGGUAACCGGCCAUGUCGUGCGCGAGGUGCUCAUCUGCGGACUAUAUCUGUACCAGGUGGUGCGGCAGCUGCGGCCGAUAAUUGAGAUGAAGGGGACAGCUGGGCGCCGCGUGAUGGUGCAUAUCAUGCUCGUGAACGGUGCGGUUAUCAUACUCGAUCUGUUCACCCUGCUCACGCUGUAUCGGGGGAAGAGCGGCCUGGGGUCAGCGUAUACGUGUGUGUCGCAUAGUGUAAAGCUGAGGAUGGAGUUUGUUGUUCUGAAUAGUUUGUUAGAGUUGCUGGGGGCGCCGAUGAACGGCCAUUCUGGCGGUUUAGGGUGGGAGACGGGGGAUGGGAGUCGGAUUGAGAUGGUGCAUGAGAGGGAGAGGGGCGAGCGUAGGUAUGCGCCGGCGCAUCAAGGUGACUGGCCGACGGUCCCUGGGAGGACUUGGGGAGGGGAUAAUAGUAGAGGAAGUGUAUAG